CAUUCCCUACUUCCAUUCUCUCUUAUAGAUAAUGUCUCCACUGCUUUUGUUUGGUUUGGUGUUUCUGAGCCACUUCAAUGGUGGAUUGAAUACACCAUUGCCACCUCCAAACUUUGGAGAUCAUGUUUCCAUUCUAAGCAUAGAUGGUGGUGGCAUCAGAGGAAUUAUUCCUGCCACUGUUCUUAUUUACUUGGACAAUGCUCUUAAGGCUAAGGAUCCAACGACAUCGUUGGCAGAUUAUUUCGAUGUGAUAUCAGGAACAAGCACUGGUGGAAUCAUGAGUGUUAUGUUAGCAGCUCCAAACGCAUCUGAUUCCAAUCGUCCUCUCUUUACUCCAUCACAAGUCGUAGAGUUCUACAAGAAAUAUGGCCCUGGCAUAUUUAAACCUAGAUCUAUCUUGGAUCCCGUCCAAUGUCCCAAGUAUGAUGGAAAGUUUUUAAGAGAUACAGCUCGUCAGAUAUUGAAAGAAACACGACUCGAUCAAACGUUGACCAACUUGGUAAUACCAACUUUUGACGAGGACAAAAUCCAUCCAGUUAUAUUCUCAAACUACAAGCUGAAGACAGAAAGUUACCUGAAUGCGAAACUUUCAGAUAUUGCUCUUGGCACUUCGGCUGCACCAACUUAUUUUCCAUCCCACGAAUUUCAGAAUGAUGGUGUUUCAUUUGAUUUGGCUGAUGGUGCUCUCGCUGCUAACAAUCCU